AUGAGUCACAGUGUUAAAGACUACAAGCCAGAUUUAAAUGAUAAUAUUGAUCCUAAUACAAUUGAUGAAGAAAUUAGAGAUACAGAAUUGAAAAAUAAUGAAAAAUUAAUCCAAAAUGAGAAAAUACAAAUUCAAAAUCACUUUGAAGAUCUGAUAAGUAAAUUAGAAUUAGAAGAUUCUAAUUUAUCAUUAUUGUUUAGAAUAGAUUGGACUUCUACACGCCUUAAAUCAGCUUCAAUUGAUGAUAUUCUUCAAACUUACGAAAUUCCAGGAAAAAUCAUUCAAUUAUUGCAAUAUCCCUCUACCCCAAUUGUUGAAGUUACACUCCGGAUUACAAAUCAUCUUUGUAGAAUCUCAAAUAUUUUAUUACAAUUUAUGUAUGAAAAUAUACGUUUAUAUUAUAAACUUAUACGUGCUCCUGUUUUAUUUCCACUAGUAGCAGAGCUUAUCGAUGGAAUGAUUCGAAGAUUUCCUAAUAUUGCUCCAAAUUUUAUUCAAAAAGAAGUAAAUAUUGUUCAUGUGCUUACAGAACUUAUCGAAGUGAUGCAUCCUAAAGGCAAACUAAUAUCAGCAUACUUGAUUUACUCAAUAAUUCGCCAUCUUGAUUCAAAAAAUUUUGAUGAUUUUCAAUCAAUUGUUAUAGAACCAUUAAGUAUCGUUAAAUACCUUUUAUCAUCCCAGAAUACCAUAAUUGAAGAAGGAGAUCUCGCACCAAUCAUUGAUUUACUUGCAGAAUUAAUUCUUUUUUAUUCUGGAGACAUCCAUCUUAUAAUAACUGAUGAUAAUUUUGAAAAGAUUCUAGAUCUGACACUAAAUUGGCCAACUAAAGAAUCAGAAGGUGUUUUAUUCGGCUCAUUAUUGAAAUUUUGGUCAAUUUUGUUAUUUGAGUUCACCGACCAAUUUAUUGACUUAGGAAUUCAGAAGGAUUUGAUCCAGGCAGCUGUUGACACUUUUGACCAUCCAAUGUGUCCAAAAUCACGUGCAAUUUACUUUCUUUCGAAUUUGGCAGCAAUUGAAAACUUUGCACCUGAUAUAAUCGAAUCUAAUGCAUUUGAUUGCGUUUAUUCGUUUAAUGAAGAUUAUAAUCAGUAUGAGGUUGAAAUUAUGGCAUUUUUCUUCAUGAAUUGUUUGAAUACAGCAAAGGAUGCUGUUGUUUCCAAAGAUUAUUUCGAAGAUAUGCUUCAUAUUUGCUUUGAUUUGUAUGAUAACGCAAAAUCUUCUCAUUUCAAUCUUUUGUUUAUGAAAUCAAUUGAAAUACUUCUUAAAUUCGAUGAUUCAUUUAAAUCAAUGAUUGAUUUCGAUCAAGCAUUAGAUAUUUUUUAUAAUGCUCAGAGUAGUGAAAAUGAAGAGAUUGCUCAAAUUGCUACCAAUAUAAUUAACGAAUACUUUCCUGAUUAUAAAUAA